AUGAUAAAGUUGCUUAUAGUUAUAGUGAUACUCAAUAUCACAUUAUCAGCUCCUAUUCUUAGAUAACAAGUAUUAGCAAGUAAGAAGGCAAAAAAAGAGCCUAUUCUUGAUUGGAAAAGUGCUUCAGAGUAUUCAAAUAACCCUACUUACACUUAAGUCGUAGAGGUUGCCAAGAAAAACUCCUCCUAAUAGUGCAAAUUAGGCAAAACUGUCAAGCUUAAAAAAGUUUUAAAAGUUGCCAAGUAAUUAGUAUAAGGCAUGUUGUGGAAUGUAUUAUUGAUGAUAUUCUAAUUAGUUACAAGUUGAAUUUUCUGAUAACUCAACCAAAGUUUUAAAAGUAUAUGAAGAUUUGGAUGGUUCAUUUGAAUUUGAUUCCUGCAAGGAUACCAUUUGA